GGAGUCUCCUCCCCCCCCCCCCCCCCCUGUGACUCUGAAGCUGCCUCUCAUCUCCUCUCCAAUCUCCAUCCACAUCGCAUCCAUCAUAAAUCCCCCACACCCUUCUCCCCAACCAAGCACCUACCACCAUUCCCAAUCCCCCUCUUCCAAUCGCCAUAUGCAAGAGCCCCAAAUCCGCUAUUGCAUUUGUUUCAUUUCAUCGGCUGCCGCUCCUGAGAAACAGCAAUCUGGAUAGGAUAGGUGGUCGCCUGUAUUUAGAUCCGGACUUUUGCUAGUGGGGGGAGAGAGGAUUUAGGUGAACGAGCAUCUUGAUUUUGACCAAUCUUUGCCUGUCUCACUGAUUGACCCUCCUCCUGUGUGCUUGGUUCUUUAAAUCCCGCGUGGUGGGUGUGGGGAAGAGGAGAGGAGGGAGGCAAAGGCACGAGCAAGAACAGCUGCUUCCGUCUUCUUGCUCGCUGGUAUUCAAAAGGAACUAUCAAGGUGUUGAGUGGAGAUAUUGGGGGCAAAGUUUGGAUUUUGGAGGUUAUUGUUUGCUUUCCAUUGGCUAAAAAUGUUGAGGCAGAGCUCUAGUAGGAAUCACAGGUCCAAAGGUCUGAAGCUGAAGAAGGCUCUUCAGAUAACCCUCUUGGUUCUGGUUUCUGUUUGGUUGAUAUACCAAGUCAAGCAUUCAUACGAGAAGAAGGCAUAUCAUGAAAAUGAGCCCAAUGACCUGCAUAAAGAUGAUGAUCAAAACCAGGGUGAGAUCAGAUUAGGCAGGAAGGACCUGCCUACUAAGCUGGAGGCUGACUCAUCAACGCUGGAUGAACGGAUUGAGGAUGAAGAGAAUGAAGAGAUGGAGCAAGAAAUGAAGCACGAUGAGAAUGAUGAAGACCCCAUUGAUGAACCUGACCUGGACAAAGAUGAUGAUCUUCCUGAGCCUGGCGAGCACUCUGCUGAUAAGGAUGAAAGAUCUGAGGAUGUGGGUGUGUUUGAGGAUGAAGAGCGGAAGGAGCGGUCUCAGGAGGAUCAAGAGAAGACCUUUCAUGGGGAUAAUGUAUCAAGUGCUGUCAGUCAUGACCCUCCGUCAGCAGAGCAAGAUGAGCUGCUUCGUCAUGCCCAAGACAAAAUAUUAUAUGUGGAUGAUGCUUCGACAGCAGUGCCUCAUGACAACCAGGAAGCUGAACGCAGGGAGGAGGAAGCUCGCAAAGCUAGGGAGAUGACUUUCAGAGGCGAUGAUGUGUCAAGUUCCGUAGAUCAUGAUGCCCAAGUGACAAAACCUCUCCCAGAGGAGCAAUUGAAGAGCAUGGAUAGCAUAUUUGAAGGCACCACAAAUUUAUCAAACGGAAUAACAUUUCGAGGCCCAGGAGUGAAUGAAUCAACUGCUGCUAGGGAGCUUGGGGCUAUUCCAGCUGAUGCAUCUUCCCAUCCAAACACUAGCACUGUUUCAGAAAGCAAUACUGAUACAGCUCCGGUAAAUUUGGAUGGCAACCAUACUGGAUCAGAUCAAGCUAAUUCGACCUCUUUGAAAGGUCAACAAGAGCAGCAAGCAAAUUCAACGGAUGUGUUGAACAACCAGAUAAAACUCUUCAUUGACCUCACAUCAGCUGCUGAGUUGAAUUAUCGACCAAAUGGGACCCUGGCUUCGGCUUCAACUGAUGCUGAAAAUGCCACUUCUGUAGAUAGAGGCCAUGAUGGUAAUACCGGAACCAAUAAGGCUGAGGAAGGAGAUACAGGCAAAGACUUAGAUUUAUCGACAAAAAUCAUGAACAAGGCCAUUAGUGAAGAUGAAGUUGUUCUUGAAUGAUAAGGAGAUCUCUCAGGUUAGCUUCUGGUGUAACCUGUAAGUCUGUAGGACCUUAAGAGAAGGAGAAGAAACUAGUCUUCUCUUUCUCAGUAGACUUGGAGAUGCAAUACAAGUAAACUAUCUCUAUUGCCCCCCCCCCCCCUUUUGUAUAAAUUUGAUAGAGAUAUGCUAUGUAUUGCCUAGCACAUCAUGCUCUGGGUUGAGUGAUGCGCAAAAGGGCUUGUUAUGGAAGUAAUAUAUAGCCAUUCAGCAGCUCUGAAGCUUUGCUGCUGCAAUGAUAUUUCAACUUGUCUAUA